AUGAGAGAGGCUGGGGAGGCCCUUGGGCACCAGCGACUGCAGGCUUGGCCCCCAGCCUCUCUCCCCGCCUUGAAGGCAGCAGAGAUGUGCGUGCAGCCUUCUUGGAUGGUGGGGCUGAUCUGUGCUCACACGCGCUUCUCUGAGGUCCGCAGCUGCCAGGGGUCCCCAGAUGCGAUGUCUAGGAACGGGUCCCAGGCAGCUGACGGGAUUCGCUCUGUCACUUCUAUCUUCCUCGCUCUUGGAUCCGUGUCUGUUUCAGACGCUGGGUCUUCUGCAGCUUCUCCCAAGCCAGACGCCAGGCCUCGCCUAUUGGAAGCAACCCCUGCCAAGAGUGCAGGCCUGAGCUGGGAGGGUGUGAAAACCCGGCAUUCCCCCCGCCCCCCCCCAACCGCCCCGCCCGAAGGCAUCCUGACUCCCCGGGGCAAUGACAGCCUCUUGGCCGGCUCCGCUGGCACGGCUGCUCCGGAGUCCCACCGCUUCAUCGAUUCAUCACGUCUCAGUGUGCUGUUGCCGCAGGCAGCGCGAUCUCUUGGCGUUCCACUGGCUGCUGCAUUUGGAAGUGAUUUGGGACUCAAAAAGGCUGCAAUCGAGGGAACUCUGCCGCGUCGUUCUCUUCUAUUUCUGGCCACCCACUUUCUGAGCCGAGAAAGUGGGAUCUGGCCCAGCUGA